UCGCAGUGUCAUAGCUGCUACUUCGGGCACGAACUCUUCUUGAUCGUGACGGAAGCUUUGCAGCUUGAGCAGUUUCUUUAAUUUCACCGCCUUCGACUUCGUGGUUUCCUGUAGAGCAUGAUGUGGCGGCUGCGCUAUCGUGAGUUUCCCUCGAAGGAUGGUGACUCCCCCUUUCGAGAAGUUCGCACAAUUCACUCUUCAGAGAAUCCAAUUCCACCUUCUUCGUUGAUUGUCCAAGCGCAUCUAAGGCUGUCCUUAUUAGAUCAGGUGGCCAUUUGCAACACUUGUAGUGUAGCAUAAAUUGAGCAGACUUCCUCUAAGUCACUAACUAAGACCAGUUUUGAUUGCUCCACAUCAAAGACUAUCAGGCAAGAUCCAGAAACGGAAAGAACAAAGGAUACUCUGAAAACACAUAUUCAUUGAGCGUUGCCUGAAUCUGAGUUACGAUGAAAAGUAUAAGGAAAGCAUUGAAAAUCCACCGUCGAUAAUGAUAUGCUGUAA